AUGGCCAAGAUUUAUGUGAAGGUCGCACAAGUCAGCAUCGAAGCUUCGGUGGCUCACACUGACCACCUGGGCGAUUUUGUCCUCAUAAAAUAUGACUCAUCUAGAGUCAAGGCUCCGAUCCAGGCGGUUGGACUGGCGAAAGAAGACCCAGACAUCAAUCGCGAGGUCUUUGUUGCUGGUGUCGCAAACGAAACUGACGGUGUCUUUGUCGAGGCAACAACUAUCACGGGGAUAAAAUUGCCAAAAGAUUGGACGCCUCCUGCUGCUCCACAGAACAGGAUCAGAAACGUUGCUGAGAUUUCGAAUGGAAGCUCUAUCGGCAAACAGGGCUUUGCUGGCGUGAUUGUGGAUGAAGAACGACUUGCACUGGGCUUUUUCUCUUCUUCGUCGGGUGCCAUCCCCGUCUCGCGUGUGGCGACUCCCCUUCGCAUGGUGCAGGAGACGGGCUGCUAUGACAUCCGUAUUUUACCAUUGGAUUUCACCGCCAUCCCGCUGAAGGAUGCUGCCUCUGACGUUCCACAAGAGGAAUGGACCGCUCUGAUUCGGCAUGGCGCCACGGCCCUUUACAAAGUUUCCCGCGUGGCCUGUGGGACCAGCAGCAUACAACCAGGAGACAUCGUUUUGCGUCUAGGUGAACUGCCGCUUCGUGAUCUUUCCCUGCUACAACGGUUUGAGGACUCCGAGCCUGUGUCUCUGAACAUUUCUUCCCAAAAUAACCUUAUGUUGAACUACGAGUACUUUCCGCUACGUUACGUUACACCUAAGGGCGUUCAAAGUCUUUGA